AUGGAGCUUGUAGUUUCGGAUGUGCAGGCGCCCUGGAGGCGACAGCGUCGCACCCAUCGCAAAUCCCGCCACGGCUGCCGGAACUGCAAGUUGCGACGACUGAAGUGUGACGAAGCGAAGCCCAGAUGCGCCAAGUGCCGCUUGUACAGAGUGGUCUGCGACUACGCCGGUCCUUCGACAGACUUGCAGCUCACUCAGGAGUUCAAAAUGCCGCCGCCCCUGGUGGCGACAGAUGGUAGCUCUUCCUGCGAAUUGGAUGAACAAUGCCUGGCUAGACUUGGCCGGUUCCAAUUCCGCACGAUCAAAACCGCCAUCAACGUGCCUCCGCAGCCAUUACUGCAAGGGGCCAUGGGGGUGAGUGGCCUCGCAGCCGGCGACUGA